ACUGCUGCAUGUAGUUGUGAGCCGACGAGGAAUUCAGUUUGUUUGCCGCAAUUUCGUCGAUGUCCGAGUCUAACUGUGUAGAUUGGAUAUCUACAACUGGCCAGUAUAGCCUAACAUUUCCCCUUGAAACCAAAAUGGCCGAGCAGCUGACGUCAUCGUCGCAGCAUUUGCUAAAUGUCAGAGUCAUUAGAUACUCCGACGCUCCUUGACCAUGGACAAUGUUCACGGGAUACGAGGAACAAGAAAUGGCUGUUCACGUUCCUACCUGGAAGCAGAAAACAAUAAUUAGUUGUAUUAGACAAUAAAACAGUCUCUCUAGGAUUCACAAUGUAACUAAAAUUCCUUUUAAAGGGAUGUUAUUGAUCAAAGCUAAAUGCAUUUGUGAAAUAUGUGGGCUUUAUAUAACGUGGGCCAAUGACCGUAAACAAUGAAUAAAAUAUCUACCUACCUCUUAUUAAUGAAGGCUGGAAAUCCAACGAUAAAAGAACAUCUAUUACUCUGCUUUAUUUGAAAAAGUGGUUUGUUUCAGACUCCCAAGGGUCUAACAGUAGGCUCGAGGUGGUAAAACCAGAAAUGACUCGUUACUUACCAAAUUUUACCACCAGACUGCUUCUUGUGCUAUUUUAUUGUCUCGCAAACAAACUAGAAAUGCCUGCCGCUUCGCCUCUUCUAUUUCCGGGACAGCCUCCUUUUCGAUACACUCGGGAAGGUGACGUCAUCAUCGGGGGAAUCCUCUCCGGCUUCGGGUACAACGUCAGUGGCUUGUGUAACCGUACUCUUUUCACGGACUCUUCUUUCCACUUCUCCGAGGGCGUGGUCCACGCGAUAGAAAGAGUCAACCGAAACUCGUCCAUUCUGCCCGGGGUCACUCUGGGCUUCGCCAUUUUGGAUGACUGCAUGAAAGAGAACACGGCCGCCGUACAGGCAAUGACCUUCGUGAAAAGAGCGGGGAAAUCUUUGCAAAUUCUGGCGAGAAACGACAACAACAACAGCAGCAGCAGUGACAACAACAACAGCAACACUUUUUGCAGGUUCGACCUCAACGCAAGCACCAUCACUAACGCCGAAUUUGGCGUUAACCACACGUCAUGUUUCGUGGCAUCGCAAGAUGUUUGUCCUGCGCAGUACGCCGGAAGUUCGGACAAGCCGGAAGGUGACGAGCUUCCGGUGUAUGACGUCAUCGGCGUAAUCGGCGCUCUGCGCAGCUCCAGCAGCCAAGCUGCGUCCCUGGUGCUGGGCCCGGCACAGAUUCCGCUCAUCAGCUUCGCCUCAACCAGCGAGGAGCUGAGUCACAAGGCCCUCUACCCUUACUUCAUGAGGGUCAUCCCUUCGGACAACUAUCUGGUGAAGGCAAUCGUGGAGCUGAUCCGUCAGCUGGGCUGGAGCUAUGUCUCUGUGCUGUAUGCUGAAGGAAGCUUCGGCGAGCUGGCCUAUUCCGCUUUACGAGAAGACAUCGGCAAGAUCGACGGUGUGUGUAUCGCCUACGCUCAAAAGAUUUUCCAGGACGCCAGUUACAAAGACCAUCAAUGGAUCCUGCAGGAACUCGCUGGACACAACCAGGCACGUGUGGUCAUCGCCUUCACUGACCCUCCUAGUGUGAAACGUCUGUUGAGGGCCAGUCAUGAGCAGGGUACGAGUGGCUGGUUCAUCUGGCUAGGAAAUGACAGCUGGAAGGUGGCGCUGGGCGGAGUUAAGGAAGAGCUGUACAUCCGGUCAGUGGCGGGCAGUUUGGUGAGCGGUUUCCAAGCCCUGGUUUCCCCUGCCUACAACCAGCACGUGCAUCAGAUGAACCCGCGAAACAACAGAAACCCGUGGUUCUUGCACGAUUGGGAAGAAACGUUCAACUGCUCCAUCACGGACCCAGACUGUGUCCAAAACAACGACGUGAUGUCUCUGGUAGGUGUGAGCACAUACCCCUACGCCGACAUCGCCUACACAGCUGUGCUCACCUAUGCGCAUGCGCUGGAGAGAGUACUCCAGAACCAGUGUCCCAAUGCGACAGGACAUGACGUCAGGGAGUGCAUGAGGGGCACAGACUUUUUAUCGUACCUGAGAAACUCGUCGUUCUACGGCCCGUCCGGUCUGGUGGAGUUUGACGACACUGGUACAGUUCUUUCCGAGUUGACUUUUGAACAGAUCAUCCCGGGCAAGGAGUACAAAAGCAUGUCUAUCGUCCCUGUCCUGGUCUAUGACGCACGCACGAGUCAUGUGACGCAGGUCAGGAACUUCACCUUCCACUACUUGAGUCCUGGGCCAGAGAUUGACGACAUCCCAGAGUCCGUGUGCAGCAAGCCUUGUGAGCCAGGCGAGUUUGUGAUUCAGAAGUACCCUGAGUGUUGCUGGGAGUGUCGCCGUUGUCGGAACAAUGAGAUCCUGGUGGAUGACUUCACGGAUUGUCUCCCCUGCCCAGAGGCAACAUGGCCGGACCCUGAGAGUAACUUCACCGUCUGUGAGACCAUUUCGCCGGAGUUCCCGAGUCUUUCUGAGCCCCUGGUCAUCCUGUGCCUGGUCCUGGCUCUGAUGGGCGUGCUGGGGGUGGCCCUGGUAACGUUGGCUUACGUCAAACACAGAGAUGUCCGGGUCAUCAAAGCCUCCAGCAAAGAGCUCAGUUUUCUUCAGCUGGGAGCCAUUCUUACUGCCCAGUCAUCACCGAUCGAGGCACUUCGAGCUGAAACAGGGGUCCCAAGCAUUGAGUCCACCAUCAAUGCUAACUGCCCCCAGAUCAACAGAGGAGGCCCUGCGAAUGAACAACGACCACCCCCAACGAAUGGCGGCAACGGAACAAGUGCACAGACGCCUAUAGAGACGCGGAGAUUUCCGAAAAAGGGCCGAAGACGCCAGCAAAAAGAGCCCACAUCUGUUCAACUACGAGAGGCCCAUCAUUUACUUCGAAACCAGGCCGUGGGAACGGGGAAUCAACCCCGACAUCGAUUUCCCCCACCUGUACGGCAUGAGCUAAAGGAGUGA